AUGAUAAACUACUGCCACAAGGGGCCCUACAAGAGCAGCGCUCCUUUGGGCCCUCCCAUUUGCCCAACCAGGUGCGGCGCUUUCGGAGGCCUUUGCAAGGGCGGCGGCAACCCCAGAGGCCCUCCCAGGGACCACAGGGGCCCUCUGAGAGACUGUGACGACUCCAGGGGACCUACCAGGGGAUGCAAUGACGCUCAAGAGCUCUCCCAGAGGCAGUGGCCACCUAAGGGACACUUCCUGGUCGGUGGAGCCCCCCAGAGGCCUCACAAGGGCAAUGGCACACCCAGGGGUCCUUCCAAGGGUGUCGGAGCCUCCAGGAGCCCUGCCAGGGACUAUGGCACCGUGAGGCAAUUCUUCCAGGGAACGUGGCGCCCCGAAGGCCCUCCCAGGGGCGGUGGUGCCCCCCAGGGCCCUCCCAGGGGAAGCGGCGCCCCCAGAUGUUUUCCCAAGGAUGGCAAAUCCCCUAGGGGCCCUGGGCCCUACAAGGACAGCGCUCCUUGGGGCCCUACCAUUUGCCCCACCAGGUGUGGCGCUUCCAGGGGCGCUCGUUGGGGCGGGGGCAACCCCAGAGGCCCUCCCAGAGCCCACAGGGGCCUUCAAAUAGGUUGUGGCGCCUCCAGGGGACCUCUCAUGGCCUGCAACGACGCCAAGGGCCUUCCCAGGGGCGAAGGCCACUUAAGGGAUGCCUCCAGGAUCGGCGGAGCAUCCUGGAGCCCUACCAGGGAUAGUGGCACCUCCCAAAGGCCCUCUCAGGUGCGGUGGAGCCCUCAAGAGCACUGCCAGAGGCUGUGGCACCCUUAUCGCCUCUUCCAGGAGUGUGGCACUUGGUAG